UCAUCAUCAUCAUCAUCAUCAUCAUCAUCGCAUCGCAUCGCAUUCAGCAUCACUCAUCUCUUCCUUCACUGAAUCCCCAUCAUGGCGAUGGUAUCCAACGGCAACGAAUACGACUUCAUCGUCGUCGGCGGUGGCACCGCUGGUAACGCGGUGGCCGGUCGUCUCGCUGAGAACCCCGAUGUCCGCGUCCUCGUCGUCGAGGCCGGUAUCCCCAACCCCGACCAGAUCGAGGAAAUCACCACCCCCUCCAAGGCCUUCAACCUCCGUGGCAGCAAAUACGACUGGGCCUACAAGACCACCAUGAUCAAGCGCGACGACUACGAGCGGGUCGAGAAGCCCAAUACCCGUGGCAAGGCCCUCGGUGGCAGCUCCUGCGCCAACUACUUCACCUGGAUCCCCGGAUCCAAGCCCACCUUCGAUGACUGGGAGGCAUUCGGUGGACAGGACUGGACCUGGGAUAACUGCGUGGACUACCUUCGCAAGUGCGCCACCUACCACGACGAUGAGAAGCUCUACCCCGCGGAGCUGAGCAAGAUCGGAACCGGUGGCCCCGUCCAGAUCGCCCACGCCGACUUGGUCCCGGAGAUGCAGCCUUUCCGCGAUGCUCUCACGCAAGCGUGGGUCUCCAAGGGCGAGAAGCUGACCGAGGACAUUUACUCCGGUGAAAUGCGCGGUCUCACCCACUGCGUGGACACCAUCUACCACGGCCAGCGCCAGGGGAGCUUCCUCUACCUCAAGGACAAGCCCAACGUGACUAUCCUCUACGGCGUCCACUCCACGCAGCUGAUCAUCGACCCCGUCACCCGCGUCUGCUCCGGGGUCACCGUCGUCAGCGAGGCCUACAACACCGAGCUCAGCGUCUACGCCAGCCGCGAAGUCAUUCUCUCCCAGGGUGUCUUCGAGACCCCCAAGCUGCUCAUGCUGAGCGGUGUCGGUCCCGCCGCCGAACUAGCCAAGCACCACAUCCAGCCCAUCAUCGACUCGCCCCACGUCGGCCAGCACCUGCUGGACCACCCCAUCGUGCCCUUCGUCCUCCGCAUCAAGGACGGCUACGGUCUGGAAGACCACAUCCUCCGCCCGGGUCCCAUCAACGACGCCGCCAUCGCCCAAUACAAAAAGGACAAAACCGGCCCCAUCAGCUCCGGCCUCCUCGAACUCGUCGGCUUCCCGCGCAUCGACCAACGCCUCGAGAAAUACCCCGUCUACCGCGAAGCCAAAGCCGCCAACGGCGGUCUCGACCCCUUCGGCCCAGCCGGACAACCUCACUUCGAGCUCGACUUCGUGGGCAUGUUCAGCACCGCCUUCCAAUGGCACUACCCCAUCCCGGAGGAAGGCAACCACAUGACGGUGAUCGUGGAUCUGCUCCGGCCCCUUUCCGAAGGCGAAGUCACCCUCAACAGCGCCAAUCCUCUGACCCAGCCCAAUAUCAACCUGAACUUCUUCGGCAACGACCUGGACAUUCUGGCCAUGCGCGAAGGCGUCCGCUGGACCUACGACGUCCUCACCACCGGCGCCGGAUUCAAGGAUAUCGUGUUGGGCGAAUAUCCCUGGAAGAUGCCCCUGCACUCGGACGAGGAGAUGAAGCGGGCUGUUCUGGAUCGUAGUCAGACUGGAUUCCACCCCUGCGGCACGGCGCGUCUCUCGAAGAGCAUCCACCAAGGUGUAGUGGACUCGAAGCUGCGCGUGCACGGCAUCCGCAACCUGCGUAUUGCCGACGCGUCCAUUAUCCCGGUGAUUCCGGACUGUCGGAUCCAAAACUCGGUGUAUAUGAUUGGCGAGAAGGGCGCCGAUCUCAUCAAAGCGGAUCACAAGGAUCUGUACGAGUCGGAGAAUAUUCCGUACUUUGUGGCGAGUCGGUUGUAGGGAUUAUCGGGAAUCUAAUAUAAAAUAGGAGCUUUUAUGAUUUAUUAGUUUAUUGGUUUAUGAGAAUAAGGGAUGUCUAAUCGGAGGCGCUAUGUGUUACGUAUGAUCGAAGCAAGGAUCUUGAUAAAAGUACAGCAGAUCCCUACGCAGAGAAAUUCCACUAGAAGGUCUUACCCAUGAG